AUGUUUGUGUCCUAUGAUGUCGUGUUCUAUUAUUAUUUUGAUGCCAUCAAGGCUAGCUAUGCCGAGCUGGUCCGCGUGGAGCGCAUUGAGGAUGCGUCGCUCUUCCAAUUUGUUGGGUUUCUAUCUCAAUGGGUAGCGGGGAAGCUCACAGACAGAGGCACCCAACUAGUUGUUAUGAAAUUUGAAGAUUCCAAUGAAAUAUAUCAUUUAGACCUGAACUCAGCUCAGAUCGAUACCUAG